CUAACUCGUCCUGGGCGCGCACAGGUUGCAGGGAGCUGUCUUUCCCAUAAGUCCCCGCUCCUUAGGCGGGGCGAAUGCCGGGGGUGGUGGGGGCACUUGGGAGUGUCUUCCUGGGCUCUCUGGUUAGGAAGGGUCCCCGUGCUCUCGUUUCAGCUGAACGCGGGGAGACUGGCCAAAGGUAUCAGGUUCAAGUCUUCUAAUAGGCCAGUUUUCUAAAAAUGUUUUUAAGUUUCCUUUUUUGGGGAGGGAAGGGGAAAGAAGGGUUUUUCUAUGUAAAUUCUUUUCAUUGUAAUUAGAUCCCAAGGGGAAACUUAGCACUGGGCAUGUUCGGAUGUGAAUGCUUUUGCUGGUAAGCAACAGCCUCCCGGAACCAAAGACUUAAUAUAGUAGCUUUUCCUCCACCCCCUCUCGGAGUUGCAAAUGGUAUCUGCCAAACAGAUGACAAAGUACCUUGGACUGAAUCACACACAGACAGCAUUUUGAGCAGAACACACGGCUAAACUCUUGUAAUUACUGUUUAUAGCUGGCCAAAGCUGGCUAACAGAGGGCAAACCCAAGAGGAAAUAAGUUUCCUGAACCUUAGAGAAAUGGCUGUGUAUUAAUUAAAGACUAGGACGGGACGGGUGAUUCUCAGGCAUACUCCAAGUUUUUUUGAGAUCAUAGUUCACAUCACGUUUCCUCCGGAGGGAGUGAGUAGAUAAUUGGGAUCUUUUUUGUCUUUUUCAUUUUUCCUUUUAUUUAUUUAUUUUUAAUCCCCGGCUGUUUGGGUCUUAUGGCCUUGAACCCGCAGUGAAUUGAAGAUAGAAAUGGAUAUGUCUGACCCCAAUUUUUGGACUGUCCUCUCAAACUUUACUUUGCCUCAUUUGAGGAGUGGGAACAGGCUUCGGCGAACACAAAGUUGUCGAACAAGCAACCGGAAAAGCUUGAUAGGCAAUGGGCAGUCGCCAGCGUUGCCUCGACCACACUCGCCUCUCUCAGCUCAUACAGGAAAUAGCCCUCAAGAUAGCCCAAGAAAUUUCUCCCCCAGUGCCUCGGCCCAUUUUUCGUUUGCACGGAGGACUGAUGGACGCCGCUGGUCGCUGGCUUCUCUCCCCUCCUCUGGCUAUGGGACAAACACGCCCAGCUCCACGGUUUCUUCAUCCUGUUCCUCCCAGGAGAAGUUGCAUCAAUUACCGUAUCAACCAACACCAGAUGAAUUACACUUUUUAUCGAAACAUUUUUGUACCACUGAAAGCAUUGCCACUGAGAACAGAUGCAGGAACACGCCAAUGCGCCCCCGUUCCCGAAGCCUGAGCCCUGGACGUUCUCCCGCCUGCUGUGACCAUGAAAUAAUUAUGAUGAACCAUGUCUACAAAGAAAGGUUCCCAAAGGCUACAGCUCAGAUGGAAGAACGUCUAAAGGAAAUUAUCACCAGCUACUCUCCUGACAACGUUCUUCCUCUAGCAGACGGAGUACUUAGUUUUACUCACCAUCAGAUUAUUGAACUGGGUCGAGACUGCUUGGAUAAAUCCCACCAGGGUCUCAUCACCUCCCGAUACUUCCUUGAAUUACAACACAAAUUAGACAAGUUGCUACAGGAGGCUCAUGAUCGUUCAGAAAGUGGAGAAUUGGCGUUUAUUAAACAACUAGUCAGAAAAAUCCUAAUCGUCAUUGCCCGCCCUGCUCGGUUAUUAGAGUGCCUGGAAUUUGAUCCUGAAGAAUUUUACUACCUAUUGGAAGCUGCAGAAGGCCAUGCAAAAGAAGGACAGGGUAUUAAAACUGACAUUCCCAGGUACAUCAUCAGUCAGCUGGGGCUCAAUAAGGAUCCUUUGGAAGAAAUGGCUCAAUUGGGAAAUUAUGACAGUGGAACAGCAGAAACCCCGGAAACAGAUGAAUCGCUGAGCAGCUCUAACACUUCCCUGAAACUUCGAAGGAAACCUCGGGAAAGUGAUUUUGAAACGAUUAAAUUGAUUAGCAAUGGAGCCUAUGGGGCAGUCUACUUUGUUCGGCAUAAGGAAUCCCGGCAGAGGUUUGCCAUGAAGAAGAUAAACAAACAGAACCUCAUCCUCCGAAACCAGAUCCAGCAGGCCUUUGUAGAACGGGAUAUCCUGACUUUUGCAGAAAACCCCUUUGUGGUCAGCAUGUAUUGCUCCUUUGAGACAAGACGCCACUUGUGUAUGGUCAUGGAAUAUGUGGAAGGGGGAGAUUGUGCUACCUUAAUGAAAAACAUGGGUCCUCUCCCUGUUGAUAUGGCCAGGAUGUACUUUGCUGAGACAGUCCUGGCCUUGGAAUAUCUACACAAUUAUGGAAUUGUACACAGGGAUUUGAAACCGGACAAUUUGUUGGUCACCUCGAUGGGGCACAUAAAGCUGACAGAUUUUGGAUUAUCCAAGGUGGGACUAAUGAGCAUGACUACCAAUCUUUAUGAGGGCCAUAUUGAGAAGGAUGCUCGAGAGUUCCUGGAUAAACAGGUCUGUGGCACACCUGAAUACAUUGCACCAGAAGUGAUUCUGAGGCAGGGUUAUGGGAAGCCGGUGGACUGGUGGGCCAUGGGGAUUAUCCUCUAUGAAUUUCUGGUUGGAUGCGUGCCAUUCUUUGGGGAUACUCCAGAAGAGCUAUUUGGACAAGUCAUCAGUGAUGAAAUUAACUGGCCUGAAAAGGAUGAGGCUCCACCACCCGACGCCCAGGAUCUGAUUACCAUGCUUCUCAGGCAGAAUCCCCUGGAGAGACUGGGGACAGGUGGUGCAUAUGAAGUCAAGCAGCAUCGGUUCUUCCGAUCGUUAGACUGGAACAGUUUGCUGAGACAGAAGGCAGAGUUCAUUCCACAAUUGGAAUCCGAGGAUGACACAAGUUAUUUUGAUACUCGGUCAGAGAAGUAUCACCAUAUGGAAACUGAGGAAGAAGAUGAUACCAAUGAUGAAGACUUUACUGUGGAAAUAAGACAGUUUUCCUCAUGUUCACAUAGGUUUUCAAAAGUUUUCAGCAGUAUAGAUCGAAUAACUCAGAAUUCAGGAGAAGAGAAGGAAGACUCUGGAGAUAAAACCAAAAACACAGCUUUGCCAUCCAUGGAAGCAUUAAGCUGGAGUUCAGAAUAUUCUGAAAUGCAACAGUUAUCCACAUCCAACUCUUCAGAGACUGAAAGCAACAGACGUAAACUCAGUUCUGGCCUGCUUCCCAAACUGGCUAUUUCAGCAGAGGGAAUACAAGAUGAAGGUGUCCCCUGCCCCAGAGACACCCACGAGGAGCCAGAAAAGCCAGUCCUUCCUGCUGAAGAGUGUGCUCAGGAGGAGCCUGAGGUCACCACCCCAGCCAGCACUAUCAGCAGCUCCACCCUUUCAGUUGGCAGUUUUUCAGAGCACUUGGAUCAGAUAAAUGGACGCAACGAGUGUGUGGACAGUACAGAUAAUUCCUCAAAGCCCUCCAGUGAACCCGCUUCCCACGUGGCUCGGCAGCGAUUAGAAAGUACAGAAAAAAAGAAAAUCUCGGGGAAAGUCACAAAGUCCCUUUCUGCCAGUGCCCUGUCCCUCAUGAUCCCAGGAGAUAUGUUUGCUGUUUCUCCACUGGGAAGUCCAAUGUCUCCUCAUUCGCUAUCCUCGGACCCUUCUUCUUCACGAGAUUCCUCUCCCAGCCGAGAUUCUUCAGCAGUGCCUGCCAGUCCUCAUCAGCCCAUUGUGAUCCACAGUUCAGGGAAGAACUAUGGUUUCACUAUCCGAGCCAUCCGGGUAUAUGUGGGAGAUAGUGACAUCUACACAGUGCACCAUAUUGUUUGGAAUGUAGAAGAAGGGAGUCCAGCAUGUGAGGCAGGACUGAAGGCUGGUGAUCUGAUCACGCAUGUCAAUGGGGAACCAGUGCAUGGACUUGUCCACACAGAAGUUAUAGAGCUCCUACUAAAGAGUGGAAAUAAGGUGUCAAUCACUACUACCCCAUUUGAAAACACAUCAAUCAAAACAGGACCAGCCAGGAGAAACAGCUAUAAGAGCCGGAUGGUGAGGCGGAGUAAGAAAUCUAAGAAGAAAGAAAGUCUAGAAAGGAGGAGAUCUCUUUUCAAAAAACUAGCCAAGCAGCCUUCUCCUUUACUCCAUACCAGCCGAAGUUUCUCCUGCUUAAACCGAUCCCUCUCUUCGGGAGAGAGCCUCCCGGGUUCCCCCACCCACAGCUUGUCUCCCCGAUCUCCCACGCCAAGCUAUCGCUCCACACCUGACUUCCCGUCUGGUACUAACUCCUCCCAGAGCAGCUCCCCAAGUUCUAGUGCCCCCAACUCUCCAGCAGGAUCAGGGCACAUCCGGCCGAGCACUCUCCAUGGCCUGGCCCCCAAACUCAGUGGGCAGAGGUACCGGUCCGGAAGGCGUAAAUCAGCCGGCAGCAUCCCACUUUCCCCCCUGGCCCGGACACCCUCUCCAACUCCCCAGCCCACCUCCCCGCAGCGGUCACCAUCGCCUCUGUUGGGACACUCACUUGGCAAUUCCAAGAUCGCUCAAGCCUUCCCCAGCAAAAUGCACUCCCCUCCCACCAUCGUCAGGCACGUUGUGAGGCCCAAGAGCGCAGAGCCCCCACGGUCCCCACUGCUCAAGCGCGUGCAGUCGGAGGAGAAGCUCUCGCCCUCCUAUGGCAGUGACAAGAAGCACCUGUGUUCCCGCAAGCACAGCCUGGAGGUGACCCAGGAGGAGGUACAGCGGGAGCAGUCGCAGCGGGAAGCCACCUUGCAGAGCCUGGAGGAGAACGUGUGUGAUGCUCCGUCCCUCAGCCGUGCCAGACCCGUGGAGCAAGGCUGCCUGAAACGGCCCGUCUCCAGGAAGCUGGGGAGGCAGGAGUCUGUGGACGACCUGGACCGAGAGAAGCUGAAGGCCAAGGUGGUGGUGAAGAAACCAGAGGGCUUCCCUGAGAAGCAGGAGUCCCGCCAGAAAUCCCACGGAGCCAGUAGUGAUUUGGAAACUCUCACUGCCUUUAGACUGGAGGAGAGAGAGAGGAAAAUCUUCCCCAAGGCAUUGGAAAGAUCAAAUCACUUUGAAAACAAAGCCAGCAUGCAAGAGGCUCAGUCUACGGGCAGCCUGCUAAAAGAUGCUCUUCACAAGAAGGCCACCGUGCGGGCUAGCGAGAAUGUGGCCUCAGACACCACAACAUCUGGCUACAGCUCUGCUCCUGGGGAGCAUGGCCAGGGAGCAGGGGACUUCAAACGUGUCUCGCCUCCUGGCACCCUCCAAGAUGGUCUCUCCCACUUCCCUGACAGGUCAGCCCCUGGGAAGGGUGAAAACACAGAGAAGGCCGCCCAGGCCAAGGAGUGUCUCCGCUGUGAGAAAUUAGACAGCAAGCUUGCCAAUAUCGAUUACCUCCGAAAGAAAAUGUCAUUUGAAGACAAAGAUGACAGCCUCUGCCCUGUGUUGAAGCCCAAGAUGGCAUCGAGCACCCAUGACUGCCUGCCAGGGAACUCAGUCCGGCCUGUGGCUGGGCCGCAAGAGGCCCCACCAGCUGCUGAGGGCCGGGCGUUUAUCAGCAGUGCCCAUACAGCUCAGAUCAGCGCUGUCACCUUUGUUCCUCUCAAGGCCUUAACUGGCCGGGUAGACAGUGUGGCCGAAAAGCCAGGCUUGGUUGCUUCUGAGUCCCCUGUCAGGAAAAGCCCCUCUGAGUAUAAGCUGGAAGGUCGGUCUGUUUCCUGCCUGAAGCCAAUUGAGGGCACUUUGGACAUUGCUCUCCUGUCCGGACCUCAGGCCUCCAAGACAGAACUGCCUUCCCCAGAUCCUGAACAGAGCCCCAGUCAGGGCAGUGACAUGGGGCUGUCCACACCAAUGGCUCUGCCUGGCAGCCCUGCAAAGGCCGAGACUGCCAGUCAGAGGGAGCCUUCGUCUGCCAGCUUGAAGUUGCAUAAGUCCUACCUGAUGGAGACUCGGUUCCAGCCACCUGCCCGUGGCCUCCAGAGCUCCCCAGCAGCUUCUCAGCCUGACCCAGAGCUAAAGUGGGACAGGAAAGUCUCCCAUCCCACCUCCAGGGGCCUGGUGACAGUCAUGGAAAAUGAUCCUCAGCAGAGAGAGGGCAAUGCCACCAGACACCAAGACCACACCCCUCAUGCCAAUCUCCCCUUCCCGGGACAGAACCUCCACGGUGCCACUGGGAGCCCAGACCCAGCCAUGCCCCCUGGCCUCCUGCUCUCCAAAGGGACGCCCUCCAGGGAGAAGCCCGGCCUGAGAGAAUCAUCUGAAAGGGGCCCUUCCACAGCCAGAAGUGAGCGGUCUGCUGUGAGGGCUGAUGGCCGCCGAGACCCUUCCACAGAGCUCUACCCUCCAGAAACUGCUAAAACUAGUGACAACUCCAAAAAUCUCCCAUCGGCAGGGAAGACCCACCUAGAUUUCUACAUACAAGCCCAGACCAUGGAGAAGGCUUGGGGGCCUUGUGGGAAAACAAACCACAAGGAAGGUCGAGGUGAGACAAGGCCACUGUCCAGAGAGGACUCCUCUUUGCACUCCACUGGGAUUCCCUGUGAAAAAGAGCUGAACAAGGUCAGAAGUGUCAUGGAACCCAAGCCUGAAGCCCCUCUACCCAGGCGGCCUCUGCAGCCACCAGGAAUUGAGAGUGGGAAGACUGAGAAGCUCUCUGGUUUCCCAUCUUUGCAGAAAGACAGUCCCAAGGAAUCUGAAAGGAAAGAUCAGCCUCUACAGAAACACCUCAGCGGUAACCCUCAAACCCCAGUGACCACCAAAGAACUCCCUGGCUUGGCCACUCGGCAACCAUGCAGUCCACCAAGCCAUUCCUCAGGCAAAGAGUCAGGAAUCAAGCCCAGUGUUGCAGAACUCAGCCCGGGCCCCCAGGACCCUUCCAAGCCUGUUGCUGUGUACAGUGAAAGCAGCAGCCACAAGCCCAGGCCUGGCCCUGACCCAUGCCCACCAAAGCCUAAACACCCAGAGAGGCCCCUCCCCUCCCAAAAAGCAAGCAUGGGAGCUACAAAGGGCAAAGAGCCUGUCCAGCAGCCCCUCAGCAGCUCCAGCAGAGAGGGAAAGAACAGCGGUAAGGGGAUGUUGGAUAUGUUCCCUGCCAUCCCAGGCUCCCAGAACAAAGCCAGCGAUGUGAUCGGCCAGGGAGAGAGUGGGCCCUCCCUCCCAUUGCAGAUGGAAGGGGGCCCUCUAGACCCUAAGCCAAAACCCACCAGUGGUGUUCGUUCCCCAGAGGUGUUGGAGAAGCCCAUGCAUUUGCCAAGGCAAGGAUACCCAGGCUUUGGUGAGUCGGUUGACCAGAAACUUCCCACUGUCAGUGAAAAGCAAACCCUGUCUCCAAAGCAUCCCAAACCAUCCACUGUGAAAGAUUGCCCUGCUCUGUGCAGACAGACAGACAAGAGUCCAGGUCAGCAGGCCAUCACCACAGACAAGAAGUCUGAAGGUAAAAAAUGCACAGAAGCACUUUAUGUUCCAUCAGAGAGUGGGAAGCUAGAGGCCAGCCUUUCCCUUACACACAGUGAGGCCAGGCUGAAAGGUGCAGAGAGGCCAGACGCGGUGGUAGGGAAGGGUUUCCCAGAGGCCAAGGGGAAAGGACUGGGUCCCCAGAAGUCCCUGACAGAGGCAAGCAAGCCUGGCGGCAUGAAACGGUCGCCCUCGGCCACUGGGCAGAGUUCUUUCCGAUCUGCUGCCCUCCCAGAGAAGUCUCUGAGCUACUCCUCCAGCUUUCCAGAAGCCAGACCAGGAGGCCAGGAGGCCUCUACGACUAGCAGCGACACCUCUUCUGCCAAGGCUAAUGGGGGCAUGGCUGAGCCCACAGUCCCCAGCAACAGUGACCAUAAGAAGUCCCUGUCAGGGGGGAAUGGCAGAACCCAGAUGACAAAGAGUGACUCUUUGCCAUCCUUUCGGAGCUCCACCAUCACUGUAGAGUUAAGCCACCCCGAUGCCAACCUGGGUGGGGGCACUGGCCACCGGGACAGGGCCCUCUCAGUGACUGCCACUGUAGGUGAAACCAAAGGGAAAGAGCCUGCCCCAGCCCAGCCUCCUACAACCAAGAAACAGAAUGUGGGCAGAGAAGUGGCCAAGCCAGCCCCAGCUCCAAACACUGACCGCCCCCUCACCCUUUCUUCUGAGAAGGACUUUGUGGUGCGGCAGAGACGGGGGAAAGAGAGUUUGCGGAGCAGUCCUCACAAAAAGGCCUCAUAAUGGGGCUGGACCCGGGGGCAGGACUGUGCAGACCCAGCCUGAAUGUGUAACUGUGUCUUGACUACCUUUCUUAACCAGCACUGUGUGGGGGUUUCUGCCAGGCAGAGCGGGGAGCCUCAGUAAGGAAGGGGAGAGGGAAAGACAGAAAGAGGGGACCCUCUUCCAAAUGCCUUCCCAAUUUUAACCGGUAAAACUGUUACCAUAUAGUGUUUGUACAAAAAGACAAAAAUACCUUUACAGUUGAGGUUGUUGAGGAAAAAAGAUUUUCUCUGUAAAUAUCUAGCAAUGUGUUUGGUUUUGAAUGUAGAGUCUAUACCUUGCUGCUGAUUGCGUUGUUUACUACAGCUUUGUUGGGGUUUUUUUUUUAAUAAGAUUUUUGCGUAGCUAUCAUAAUGUAGUAAUGAAGCAAAAUGGUUAAAACUGGGUGUGUGUAUAAAUAUACAUGCACCUACCUUCAUAUAUAUGCACAUCCACACACACGUUUUGGUCUGUGGUUUAAUAGAUUAUUUCGAGGUGACAUUUUUAUAAGUUAAAACAUUCUAAGUAGAGUUAAAGAUGAAAGAAAGCCCUAAAUACAGUAGAUUGUGAGUUUUUAUGUGUAUUUUUAACCAGAGAUUUUGAUAGUACUGUUAUCUGGCUACCUGUAUUUCCAGAUCGAAAGCAAGAAUUACUCUUAAUCACUGCGUUUGGAGUCUUCCUCCGUUAGGAAUGGCCAGAACAAAUGGAGUUAGCCAUUUGCAUGUCACAGUCAUCCUAAUGGCCAUUUGAUCUUGGGUCCAACUGUCUGAAAGGCCAGUUGUCCUUGUCUGUGGUUGUGUGUGUUGAGCCUCCACCCUAGGUGGAGCGGGAACUGUAAACACACGUCAACUUCAUUUCUGUUCUUUUUCUUUCCCUUCUUUUCGCACUCUUACACUCAGGCCUUUAUGCUGUGAGUCACUAGUCCAAGAAGCACACGUUUUGUAGUUGUCCUGCACCAGCCCUGCUCUUGAAUAUGAAGGAAAAUUACUGACUGCACACAAAUCGGCUCGUACUUAGGGUCGAGUAAUAACCAUCAGGCAUUGGAAGAGGUUUUAAAUUUGCUUUUUGGAGGAAAAGAAGGGGGGUGGAUUUUUGGCAUCAUAGCAUACUGUAUAAAGAAAUAAUCAGGACAUCAGAUACAUUUUAAUACAUAGCUGGGGCCUUAUGUUGUAGAUGAAGCUUGCUGUUUUUAGCAAGUUCCUGGGGUUCACAUUCAUAUCUGAUGCAUCGAGUAGCUCCAUACGUUUCAUAACAUGAUCUUUAUUAUUUGUAUGCAAAAUAAUACUGUGUUUGUUAAUAAAGAGCAGCAUUUUUGUAACACACUGACUUGUUGGAGCUAUUUGGUGCUUGAAUGUGACUGUCCUUUUUACUUUUGCUAAGCCUUAUUUAAAUUUUCUAUACCGUGAAAUAUGUAGAAUUUAUCAAAUCAUUUUAGCGCUGAGGGGUUUUUGUUUGUUUGUUUUUUGUUGCAGUUUUUCCAGUGGCUUGUUUUGUUUUAUAAGAUGGCACUUGCUGACAUAAAUACUAAGGCACUGGGAGAAAAUACACACAGAUAAGUAUUUAUAAGAUGCUUGGGACCUAUGGCAGAAUUCGUUGCUUUAUCUGUUGUUGUGUAAGAGAGAAAAAAAAAAAAAUCCCAAUAAAUAACUAAUCCGGCACCUCAGGCUAUACAAUUGUUCAUCUGAGCAUCAUCUUACGGCCCUGUGGAUUGUAAAUCAACUAGCAACACUGACAUAAUGAAAGCAACUCUUUCGGUUGUCCUUCAUUGUAAAAGGAGUUGGCAAUGGCAAGAAAAAAGUUCCCUCCUUGCACCUAAAUAUAUUUUCCCAAGUGGUUUUAGCCAUUUCCCGUCACUACUUUUUGAAACUGUAGAAGAAACAAGUAUUUUACAAGAACCUAGAUGGGUUUCAAAAGUGGUCUCAACAUUUAUAAUGCAUAUCUGUGUUUGGCGGUUGUCGUAACCCAGUCCUUCUGCACUCAGAUAUCAGGACAGGUCUAUCGGGAAGACAGUUUAUGGUUUACAGCCUUUGCUUUUUAACUGUCCAGUUUCCUUUAAAGCACAACUAGCUCCUUGUUUACAAAUGAUAUUUUUAUGUAUAUUUUGUAUAGGGUAUUAUCAUUUUGCCAAAUAUGUUUUUUUGCAUUUUGGAUGAGUAAAGAGUACUUAAGGUUGCAUUCAUGUAAUACCUGUUUGUUGUUGUAAACCUCUCCAGUCAGCUGGUAGAAAUUCUCCUAACUGUGUUCUAUUUGGUCAGUCUCUGUGUGAUUGUAAGAUGUGCUCCUUGGUAGUACUCCCAGCUGUAGAUUUACCAGCUUAAAAGUUUGUUAGGAUCUGUGCAAUAAAGUGUUUGCAGUCUUAUUUUCUCUAAGAAACUCCCUAUGGAUCUCAUAAUUGUUGUAUAUUGAAUAAAUAUUUAUACUUAUGCAGUUGCAUAACAUUGAAAUAAAAAUUUAGCAUGAAAAGAUAAUGACUAAUAAGUUUUUUUUUCCCUCCCAUAUGCAUAUACACA